GCGGCCUCCGCCCGAUGCUGGCGGAGCCCGGGGUGUCGGCGGCGGCGUUGUGAGCGCUGCGGGCCCGCCGCCGCCGCCGCCAUGUCCGGCGUGGUGCGCACCCUGAGCCGCUGCCUGCUGCCGGCCGAGGCCGCGGGCCGCGCCGGGGACGGGCCCCGCCGGGACGCCAAGGAGCGGAGCCGCGACGCGGAGCGGGAGGCGCGGCGGCGCAGCCGGGAGAUCGACGCGAUGCUGGCCCGGGAGCGCCGCGCCGUCCGCCGCCUCGUCAAGAUCCUGCUGCUGGGCGCCGGCGAGAGCGGCAAGUCCACCUUCCUCAAGCAGAUGCGGAUCAUCCACGGCCGCGAGUUCGACCAGAAGGCGCUGCUGGAGUUCCGAGCCACCAUCUACGAGAACAUCCUCAAGGGCUGCAGGGUACUGGUGGAUGCCCGGGACAAGCUGGGGAUCCCUUGGCAAUACACAGAGAAUGAGAAGCAUGGAAUGUUCCUGAUGGCCUUCGAAAACAAAGCUGGAAUGCCCAUCGAGCCUGCCACCUUCCAGCUCUACGUCCCUGCCCUGGGCGCGCUCUGGAGGGAUUCGGGAAUCAAGGAAGCCUUCAGCCGGCGGAGCGAGUACCAGCUGGGUGAAUCGGUGAAAUACUUCCUGGAUAACCUGGAUCGCAUCGGACAGCUGAAUUACUUCCCCAGCAAACAAGAUAUUUUGCUGGCCAGAAAAGCCACGAAGGGGAUCGUAGAGCAUGAUUUCAUCAUUAAAAAAAUUCCUUUCAAGAUGGUGGACGUAGGUGGACAGAGAUCUCAGCGUCAGAAAUGGUUCCAGUGCUUUGAUGGAAUAACUUCCAUUCUGUUCAUGGUCUCCUCCAGCGAAUACGAUCAGGUUCUCAUGGAAGACAGGCGCACAAACAGACUCGUGGAGUCCAUGAAUAUCUUUGAGACAAUAGUCAACAACAAGCUUUUCUUUAACGUUUCUAUUAUCCUAUUCCUCAACAAGAUGGAUCUUCUUGUCGAGAAGGUAAAGACUGUCAGCAUUAAGAAGUAUUUCUCGGACUUCAAGGGCGACCCUCACAGGCUGGAGGACGUGCAGCGUUACCUGGUGCAGUGCUUCGACAGGAAGAGGAGGAACCGCUCCAAGCCGCUCUUCCACCACUUCACCACGGCCAUAGACACGGAGAACAUCCGCUUCGUGUUCCACGCGGUGAAGGACACGAUCCUGCAGGAGAACCUGAAGGAUAUCAUGUUGCAGUGAAGGAGAGCAGCGGGUGUUCUGUUACAAUUUUGCUGGAGGGUUAGAUCAAAGUUUUUAUCCUUUCUUUACGGCCCCUGCAUGCGGUGUAGGACCCAUGCGAAUUCCUUGGCUCAGGAAUGCUGUAAACUAGCCAGUCCAAACAGGAGCUAUAGGCCGGAGGAGUCACACGUUGAUGUUAGCUACUGAAUCAUUUGGACUAGAAACACUACUGAACCCUGGCCAUGGUAGGUUCUGUACCAGUUUUGGGACGCUGAACAACACAACCACCUUCUGCCUUCUUAGAAAAAAAAGAAAUCUCUGACAAACCAUGUAUGGAAGACACAUUGUUUUAAGUGAAUACGCUCAUUUUUCAGAGACACUAGUCGUACAAACUGCCUUUUUUUUUUUUUUUUUUUUUUUUGUAGUUUGGAGGUGCUGAAUCAAUCAAACUAAUCUAAACAUAAUGAGAUUGGCAGCUGUAUUGGAGAAUGUUAAUGGAAGUUCUGUUGUUAACCCUUAGGAAUAUAACCAGAUCUUGUGUGCGUGUUCAGCUUUGCCAAGGGUCUACAGUCCACUCACCGAGGUGGAUGCACAGCUCUUGUCUGAAGGUUUUGCCUGAGUCUCCUGGGGCAGAAGUCUAAAGCUGUGUGAGGAAACUCAUGUUGGAGUGAAUGGGAUGGGAAGUUGACAUCCUCGCUGAUGUGGAGAAGGGUUUAUUUUGCACUAUAGGUGAAGGUUGUUCCAUCAUGGGAAUACUGAUUUCCUUGGUGAAGCAGCCUGUGCUGGAGCACCCAACCACGUAUCUGCACAGUGGGUGCUCGAGUGGGAUGUACUCCAUGGAAACCCAGCACUGUUCUCACCGUGGGCAGUGUGUGUGAAGGUUCAGUAUCUCGUGUGACAGGGCUUCAUCUACACUCAGAGGUUUGAAAGCUGAUCAAACUCUUGAGCAAAGGUUUUGGUAGCACAGCAGCUGCUUGAUUAGUCCCAACAGCUGAUCUUAUAGGAAGACUGAACACCCCAGAGAUCCCAGCUUUUCCAGCUGCACUGAUGUGUUUGGACAGCAAGACCUUGCUGUGAAAUUAGCCUUUAAUCUGUGUCUUAAUGGGAUCUUUAGCCUAUAGUAAUGCACAUGUAACUCUGAGCACAGCUGAGUUUGGAGUUGCCGGUUUUGGGCAGUGGUUUGUGUGUAAAAUGGUAAGAGGCUGUGAAUAAUGUUGAUCUGAACUCCGAAUUUCCUUGUGCUCUCAAUCUCUGUCAGGUGCCUUUUUCUGUGUACAGACAUUGAAUCUUUUCUACUACAGUGGGGUACAUGGACAAACCGAAGAUAUUGUAGUGCUAUCCUUUAGGUAACUCUCACACAUAGUUUACUGUGCAAUUUUUGUCAUAGUUUUUAUCCCAGAAUAAAACCUGAAGGGCUGUUUGUACCCAUAAAAAGUCAGCAGAUUCCCUGGAGUUCUUAUCCCCUUUGAGCCUGUAAUGGCAUGUCAAAACAAGCAAUGUUUUACUUCAGCUGGUAAUCCCAUGGGAAAUGCGGUCAAAGAAAAGUCCCGUUCCGUUGUCCUUUCAUGUUAAUUUGGAUAAAAUCUGGAAUCUCUCUUCCCCUCUGAAGCUUGCAGAUGUUCAUAUCAGUAUUUUUGUGUAGUUGCCUGAUGUAGCAGCCCCUUGGCUUCCUUUGUGCAGGCUCCAGAGUGGAAAAGCUGUGGCUGUGUCAGUGCUUGUUAACGGGCACAGUAUCGAGGUAAGAAGCAACUGAAAAGUUGCAGAUGGGAAAAUCCUAACUUAAAUUUGAGCAAACUUAAAAGAGGAAUUAGUUUCCUUGCAACAAGUCUUAUUUUGCCAGGACCAACUUGUCUUUUUAAAUAUUUAUUCAUUUCUAACCUUGAAGGAGGAAAAUCUUGUGACUCUUAAUAUUCAGAUGGGAGGAAAACCUUUAGAUUAUUACAUUUGAAAAGGUAAAUGUUCCAACACGGUGUGAUGCAGACAAGUUUACUCAUCACAUAAGGUUGGUUUCUCUAAGCCCACUUGUUUGGCUGAAGGCUAAGGCUGCUUUCAAAGCUUUCAGAUGUUUUCUGAGUUCUUGGUAGUGGUUUUCACUUCACACAAGACACUGGGAAAGAGAAGGCAGUUGUGGGCUGACCUGACUUCUAGGUUGACUUGACUUCAGUUCUUAGUUUGCUGUGAGCUUUAUUCUUUCACUAAAUUUUCCAGAUGGGUUAAUAUUAUGCUUGUUUUCUCAAAUGAGUUAAACAUUCCCUUUCAACUGUGUUUUUUUUCUCAAGAAUUACCUCAGUUUUUUUGUCUGAAUCUACUGUAGUUUUACCUGGAGGCAUAGCAUGGAAUUUCCUGUUCUGUUUUUCUCUUGAUACUCAUCCAUGGUUUUGUAUCCUUAGUCACCUUAUGGAUUUAAAACUCUCAGCAGAGCUAAUAAUGCAACUUUUAUUUUAAGUAACUUAAAAUCUGCACCUGGAAAAGAAACAGCAUGAGAUAUCUCAUAUUGAGCUCUCAAGCUUUUUUUUUUUUUGUUACCAUAUGGCAGUUUUGCACACAAAGUCAGUUUUAGGGAGCCAGUUUGCUCACCUUAGGCCCAUUGUUGCCUUUCUUCUUUUUAUUAAUUAAAUGGGCCUAAGUGAGGGGCUAAUCAGCAGUUUGGCUCUGUGGGCUCAGUGUUCUGUCAGAUUUGGGUAGUUGAUGGAUCACAGCAGGAACCCAAGAUCAGGAAACUCUUUUUGCAAAAGUCAAGCACUUCUCAAGUUUGCCAAGUUGGUGGCCCGAGAGUGAAAAAGGACGUGGGGGGUGGUUUUAAGUGUCAGCUUUCUCUGCAAAAUACACUCCACUUCUUGCCACAACUGAGGGGGUUUGUGUUUUGGGUUUUUUCAAGGUAAGUUGUAGUACAGUAAAGCCAGAUAAUCGUGUUAUGGUAAAUCAGUUAAUUACUAAAGCAGAGCUUAGGUAGGUGAGGUUGUUCAAACAUCUCGGGACAGGCUUGUUUGGUUGCCUUAGUCCUUUCACCAGAAACAAAUAGAAAACUUUUUAAGUGACAUCCUGGAGAACUUCGCAGGUAAACACAGCUGGAGAGAACAUCUCUUUUUGUUAACUUUAUAGGCUUAUUGUUCGUUUGGCUGCUCAGGAAAUGGGUCACAGGCAGGAUGAUAAUCAAAUGGAGACCUUGAACAACUCCUUUUUUUUUUUUUUAAGAAAAAAGCAGCUUUUUGCUGUCCCUCCUCUGCCACCCCGGGGUCAGUGGCCAGUGAUGGAGUGUUGCAGACGGGUUGUCUCUCCUAAGCACAAAGAGAGGAAGUGCUUCCAGCGUGUGCCUGUGGGAGAGACUUACAUAAUCUUGCAGUUUAAGUAGAAAAACUAACUCAGUGGGAGUCAUUUAUCAAACACUACUUUGUGUUUGUCGUCCUCAAAACAGGCUUGAAGCUAACAGAUGUGUCAGUCAGUCCCAUUCCUUCAGAUUGCAGUGCUGUCAUUCUCUGAACAGUUCUUGGAUGCACUGCAAGGUGACACGGGGAAUUGGAAUUAAAAAGGAAGAAUGGUUUUCUGCAAGUGACAUAUUUAAUAGGCACUUGUCACUUCGAAAGAAUUAAGUGGUUCUUAAUGGUUAAAAUUAAUUAAUAUUGGUUAUGGAAUUGAAGUUACUGGCCACUCAGUUUUACAACUCAGAGGUUCUUUCAGUUUGAUACAAAGAAUUGAUCUGAUUAAAUAUGGCAGCAUGGAUUAUUUGACUUAUUAACUUGGUAAUAUAUUUGAUUUUUUCAAUUAUUGCUGUGUAACCUAGAACUAGGCAUGUUACAAGCAUGAAGGAGCUCCUGCAGAUGACCAUUUCCAGGCUUUCUGAGGCAGCUGAAGCCUGAACCUCAGCCAGGCAGGCAGAGUGGAGAAUCUAAUAGCAAAGGAACUGGAGGGAGAUGGAGUAGGAAGAGCUCACUUGUACAUGGCACUGCAGACACAAAUGGAAUUCCACCGGGAGAGCUAAAAUAUGGUGUGGAAAACAGUGCGUUUGGAAAGUGUGCCCCAUCCUGUCCAUGUGUCCCACCACCCCCCCAGGUAUUCACCCAUCCUGGUUACUGUGACCUGCAAAGAAUUAUGGAAUUGAAGAAAUUAAAGGAAUAGACACAGAACCACUGAAGAAACCAGCAGCUUUCUUUAGUGAGCCACAGCUGCCAUAGAACAGCAUCUUAGAGAACAAGUCCUCUGCUGCCUUUAGAUGGAUGUCUUUGUAUUAACUGUGUUUUAACUUACAUUAACUUACAUUUUGGAGUCUUUCCUCUGCAUGUACCUCUUUACUUCUGGGGAAAAAAAAAGAAAAAGUAGUUCUGCUGCAUGGACCUACAGGAUUUCUGUAAAAGGCCCCUCUGAUUUUCAAGCAGUGGGUUUUGACACCUGACUUAGCUUGGUUCGUGUCAUCAAAUUUUCAGGAGUAUCUGCUGGAUUGAUGGAUGAUUUGAUGCACACCAGCUUGAGAGACAAACAUGAUAUGCAGCAACACCUCCACACAGUGCAGUUUAUCUUGUCAGCCAAACCCUGAUCUCUCAUGACGAGAACUGUAAGUUUAGUUGUAGCCUCUUUUCUCUAUCCUUUUUCUAGUAUAAAAUCACGUGGUGUAGUCAGGGGUUUAAUAUAGCACUGCCAACUCUUUACCUCAUACUCCAAGUCUGUUACACAAAGUGGUGGGUGGGGUGUUUCAGUAGCAACUAUAAAACAUCUGUGCCUACUUUUGUAAAUGAGCUUUUAAGAGUUUUUUAGGGAGCAUCCAUUAUGGAUCAGGAAGACUGGCAUGGUCUGGGCCAGACUUGGCCUGAGCUAAUACUGACUCCACUCAGUUCUAGACAAGGACUGUCUAGCCUAGUGAGGAAUAAUUGGUAAGACAAUACAAAACCUAGUGCUUUUUAAUAAUACCUGUUUUGUAAUUAGCUGGAGUGAUCUCUGCUUUGUGCUGUGAAGUGGGCACUUCUUUGUUUUAACACUAACCUUUUUUUACAUAGAUGGAAAUGAGUAAAGCCAGGACAUUUGAAGCUGAAACUGCUGCUGUGCCACCAGGUGAUGCUGGCCCUGUGCUCAUCUUGGUGGUUGGGCAGUUCAGCUCGAUUCUUGAUGUUUUUAUCUUUCUAAUGGCAUUUGGAAAGCGGUGUUGAAGUUUGUCUGUGUGUCUAUGCUUGUUUUCUUACGGGGUGGGGAGUGUGGAGGUACUAGAUUGUCAGUGCUAGUGGUUCUGUGCCUGGCUUGAACUGUAUCACAGCCCAGCUCUUGGCAUUUGUCUGAUGGUCGUAUCUUCUGUCUGGUGUGAAAAUAGUCAGAGGGGG